UCCAUUUCUGAUGACGUCACUGUCGGUUUCUGUUUUGAGAUUGUGCGCGUUUGGUGUCUAGUGAUCUACUCAGGCGAAGUUGACGGAGAACAUUUCUUUUGGUUUAAACGUCAGUCGUGUUAACGAUGGAAGCCGGCGCCUCCAUUUUGAGUUCGAUGAUCAUGUAUGCGGACGAGUCUGUCGAUAUUCGCUAUGAAAACGGGUCACAGUUACAACUUUCGCCCUGUGGCAGCGAGUUCAUGCUGGCGAGAGGCUCAGUCCCUGCUGAACAUCCGCUUCAAACUCCCGUCAGAGUUCGACAGAGGACGCGGUUCACCACCAGCGCUUAUAAAGAAUUGAUCAUCACUGCACUGGCAUUUAGAAAUAAGUAUGCCAGUCGACCAUAUCUGCCGGAGGAACUCACCACUCCUAGCCAUAAACAGCCUUUAUUAAGCAUUAACUUGGAAGUGCAGUGGCCAGCAUGGUCCUCCUGUAAUGCAGAGUUUUUACCUGGAGGGGAGACCAUCAUCAAAUCAGAGGACAAACUCACUCUUCUGACACUGUCACCCUCGGGUGAAGAGUUCUUUGUGGAGUAUGCAAGCAUGCUCAGCCAACCUCUACAUCAGCAAGCACAAAAUUUGAAUCGAGAUCCUGAAAGGAUCCCAGUCAGUCAACAGCAGCAUGGAAGCAGCUUGACCCAUUUGAAGGUAAAAUGUCUGCAGACCUCCAGUGAUGACGUUCAAGAGUUUCAUCAGAAGGAAGGAAAAACGUCAUGUUGUCCUCAAAUGGUCACUCAUGAAGCCAAGCCAGAGGAAAAGUACCAGUCAGUCGCACUCGUUCAGCAUCACUCCUGUCUUGCAGUUCCACCACAGUGGUGCUACCCUCUUUCCUUAGCUCUCCGUCACUGGAGAGCACGUGUCUCCAACCCUGGCGGUGAUGGAGAAGAGCGCACCAGACAUUCAAAGGCUGACCAAACUCUGAAUACCUCAGACUUAAGUAAUGAAGAGAGAGCGUUUCUCCUCCCUCAAGCUCUGCCUCUCAACUGCUCAUCACCUCACUUUCACAGGUGGAAAUUUCAAGACCCAGUCCCAAACAACCAACUUGAUCAAGACCCUCCAGCAGAAAUGGUGAAAGUGAUGUGGCACCAAGGGGUGACGUACAGGAUAUUGGACCAAGAUGUCCCAGUCAUAGAAGUUUCUCCAGGGGAUGGGUCGGUCAUCCGAUCUAACGGAGUCCUCAGCAUGUACUUUAUUCAUUAUAAGCCUGAGUGCCAAUCAGUGCAGACAAAAGUUAAAGAGAUAACAUAUCAUAUGAAUGGCCUUCCACCUAACGUGCCUGGGCAGUUGUACUCUGUUUGCUCUGUUUUGAGUUGUGCAAGCAGACUUCUCACCAGAUACAAUGAGGUAAAAAAACUGAGGAUCCCUGCUAUACCCAGCUGCUUGCUACAGCUAAAUGUAUUGUUCAAACCAACAAUGGUUGAUGGAAUCCUGUCAAGUCCUUCACCUCUGGGACAGCAUGACAAUAAUAGUGAGACCGUAGAAAGUCGGUCAUAUCUGGUUGCUGCAGAGCUUGCAAAGAUACAGCGAUUCAUAUUUUCCUUAGAAGACAGUAACAAGGAAAGAGGGGAGAAAGGAUGUGCACCGAAUGGUUUGACCGAGAUCACUCAUGAGCCAGUGAGUGAAGGCAGCAUUGCAGAAGCUCUACAGAAGACAUCUAAAGCCAUACAGGAUAUUGAUGCGUUCAUAACUGCAGCCAAGCAAACCUUAAGUGGGAUUGCACAGUUUGAUUGCUGAAAAUUUGUGUGCGUGUGUGUGACUCAAAUAAACACAAGUACAAUAAA